CGUCCAGACGGCGGCCCCAGCUGACGCGCGGGCUCCAAUCGGCGCCCCGCGCCCCCCGCCCGCCGCGCCCGAGGCUCCCGGGCCGCAGCUGCUCGGCCGGGAGUCGCCGCGGCCCUGCGCCUCCGCCUGCCCGGCUGGCCGCGCCCCCGGGGCCAUGGUCGCGGGGCCCUGCGCAGGGGCGGCCCCCAGCGCGGCGCUUCAUGGAGCGGCCCGGGCCCGGCCCUCGGGGGCAGCGCGAUCCUGCGGGGCCCUGUGAGCUCCCAGCGCCGCAGCACCAUGUUGCUGGUUGAGAAGACUACAGACUCCCCGGCGGCAGAGUUCUCGCUGGUGGAGGACGUGGCUCUGCACUUCGCCUGCUUGAUGGGCCGCCUCAACGAGCAGCGCCUCUUCCAGCCAGACCUGUGCGAUGUGGACCUAGUGCUGGUGCCUCAGCACAGUGUGUUCCCGGCACACAAGGGGGUGCUGGCCGCCUACAGCCAGUUCUUCCACUCGCUCUUCACGCAGAACAAGCAGCUGCAGCGGGUGGAGCUGUCUCUGGAGGCGCUGGCGCCCAGCGGCCUGCAGCAGAUCCUGAACUUCAUCUACACAUCCAAGCUGCUCGUGAACGCGGCCAACGUGCACGAGGUGCUCAGUGCGGCCUCGCUGCUGCAGAUGGCUGACAUCGCCGCCUCCUGCCAGGAGCUGCUGGACGCCAGGUCCUUGGCGCCCUCAGGCCCCGUGGCCCUGGCCCAGCCGGCUGCCAGCUGUGCGCCGGUGCCUCCACCACCCUACUACUGUGACAUCAAGCAGGAGGCGGACGCCCCAGGCCUCCCGAAGAUCUAUGCCCGGGAGGGCCCUGACCCCUACUCUGUGCGCGUGGAGGAUGGAGCAGGGACGGCUGGGGAUGCAGGAUCUGCUGCCGCUGGCCCGGCACAGACGCUCUUCAAGGAGGAGAAGGAAGGGACCCCUGAAGAGACAGAAGCUCAGGGUAGCCUGUGCAAACUGGAAAGUGGAGAGGGGCUGGAGCCAGAACUGGAUGCCUCAGGCACCUACGGGCACCAGGAGCAGUCACAAAUCAUUGUCGAGGUGAACCUCAACAACCAGACCCUGCACGUGUCCACCGGACCCGAGGGCAAGCCAGGCCCUGGGGCCAAUCCAGCCACUGUGGUGCUGGGCCAGGAGGAUGGCAUGCAGGGACACUCGGAGGAGGAGGAGGAGGGAGGAGAAGGAGGAGGCAGUGGAGGGGGAGAGGAAGAGGAGGAAGAGGAAGAAGAAGAGGGAGGCAGCCAGGGAGAGGAGGAGGAGGAAGAGGAGGAAGGGCCCAGUGAUCGAGAGGAUGAGGAGGAAGAAGAUGGGCCCAGUGAGCAGGAUGCAGAGAGUUCUGAGGAGGAGAAGGUGGCCGAGGGCAGGCAGGACCCCACAGGCACCUCUGGGUGUCAGGGCAGCCAAGCGGACCCUCCACCAAACAGCCGAAUGUCCACACGGUCCCGGGGACAGAACUCCCGGCGCCGCGCCACCCCUGAGCCAGAGGAGGCUGGACGUAGAGGUGGGAAGAGGCCCAGGGCUUCUGGAGCUGUUCCGGCAUCCCAGGCAGCUGAUGGGCUGGGGGCCAAGGUGAAGCUGGAGGAAAAACAGCAGCAUCCGUGCCAGAAGUGCCCCCGGGUCUUCAACAACCGCUGGUACCUAGAAAAGCAUAUGAACGUGACCCACAGCCGCAUGCAGAUCUGCGGCCAGUGUGGGAAGCGCUUCCUGCUGGAGAGCGAGCUGCAGCUGCACAGGCAGACGGACUGUGAGCGCAACAUCCAGUGCGUGACCUGUGGCAAAGCCUUCAAGAAGCUGUGGUCUCUUCACGAGCACAACAAGAUCGUGCACGGCUAUGCUGAGAAGAAGUUCUCCUGUGAGAUCUGCGAGAAGAAGUUCCACACCAUGGCGCACGUGCGCAAGCACAUGGUUGCCCACACCAAGGACAUGCCCUUCACUUGCGAGACCUGUGGGAAGUCUUUCAAGCGCAGCAUGUCGCUGAAGGUCCACUCGUUGCAGCACUCGGGGGAGAAGCCUUUCCGCUGUGAGAACUGCAACGAACGCUUCCAGUACAAGUACCAGUUGCGCUCACACAUGAGCAUCCACAUUGGCCACAAGCAGUUCAUGUGUCAGUGGUGUGGCAAGGACUUCAACAUGAAGCAGUACUUUGAUGAGCACAUGAAGACGCACACAGGGGAGAAGCCUUAUAUCUGUGAGAUCUGUGGCAAGAGUUUCACCAGCCGCCCCAAUAUGAAGCGGCACCGACGCACACACACAGGAGAGAAGCCGUACCCGUGUGACGUGUGUGGCCAGCGUUUCCGCUUCUCCAACAUGCUGAAGGCACACAAAGAAAAGUGCUUCCGUGUCAGCCACCCGCUGCCCAGUGACCCUGCUGCCCUGCCCGCCGCGCACCUGCAGCCCACCACCCCGCUCUUCCCCACAGCACCUCCCAGGCUGGACACUAACUGACCCAGCACAGGCCCUCCCAGCCAGGGCCAGCAGACACAGACUGGGGCUGGGCUGCAGCUCGAUGGCCCUGGCCCUGGGUCCUGGCGCAGCUGCUUGGAGAUUUUGCUCCUUGCCUUUGGGAGGAAAAGAACAGAGAGGGACUGGUUGGCUGCACCCCUCCGGGUGAGGGGUGCUGGAAGCAGCCGACGACGCAGGGCGGGAGGCGUGGCAGAGAGCCAGGCAGGGCCUGGGUCGGUUUCACCUGCCCGUCCCUGGCUUCCCUGUAUCCCUAACUGACUCCUUAGGAGGGGAGGCCUGUGGCCAGGGAGGCAUGGCAGGGUACCAUGUGUGGCCAGGCAGGGGAGUGUCAGCGUUGAAGGCUGCCCCUCUGAGUGGGGCAGGGUGGGGCAGGUGGGGGCUGGCCCCCAUGGGUUUCCUUAUCCCCACUGGGCAGGUUCAGGAGUCCGCAGCCUGCACUGGACUUUUAAAGAACCCCCAGUCCAGGAGAGGAUGUCUCUGGGUACUGGGGACCAAGCCUCCAGGGGGGGAACAUGAUUCACCAGCCCCAGCUUCUCGGCCUCCUGCAGGAGAAUGAGUUCCCAGGGAGGGGCCCCACAGGAGCCUCAGGCAAGUAGUUCAGGGUUUCAUGGUGCUAUCUGUGGGGCAGGGGACAGAGAGCUGUCCACAGGGCGCCCCUGUCCCUUACCAGCCUACCUGGUUGGACUGCCCCACCAGGAGACACAUGUAUCUAUGUCUGCCCCCCAGAAGCCCACAUGAGGCCUCCUCUCCUCUUGGGGCCAGGCCACUACCGCCCCCUGCUGGCCUCUGGUCCCUCUUGCACUCUGUGUAGUCUGGGGUGCCAUGGCACAGCCAGGGAGGAAGCUGACGUGGGAGCGGGGGCUCCGCCAGUGCUCAGCGUUUGCCCUUGGGGGGCAGGCGGUAAUAGGUCACCCCUCUCUGUUGUCACUUAAUGUCCUUAUUCCUGCGUUCAAAGGGAGGCAGGUUCCAUAAGCUACGUUCCCUGGUUUUGAUCUCCCACUGUUUAUACGCUUCUACUUGUUACACUCUGCACCUUACUCCCUCCCGCCACCCCCAGCAUGGCCACACUGGGGAGAGGCCUGUGCCCAAGGGGCUGGCAGAGGGUGCUGAACCCCUUGGCCUCCUCAGAGGCCCACGGCGCUGGGACAGCGGGCUGGGGACAUUUUAAUCAUCAAUAAACGAAGCACUUUAUUCUGUA